UCAGCUGGGGUUUGUCAAUUAGUGAAAGAAAAGUUUGUUUUGAUCAGAAAAGUCCCCAAGAAAUGCAAUUUUAACACAAAUUAAUCGCGAGUUUUACCUAAAAAUGGCCAACUAUGAUUGGGAGGAUCACAACAGACGCACUGUCCUCGAGGGCAGAGCCGUAUUGGAGCGAACUUCAGCGAGUUUAGCAAGAUCCAACAUUGUUGCCAUUGAAACAGAGCAAAUUGGCACGGAAAUUGUGUCCGAGUUAGGGGAGCAACGAGAAAGUCUGCUGAGAAGCCAAAGGGGCUUACAGAAUACAAAUGAAGGACUUUCCAAGUCAAGGGCAGUGCUCAAGGCGAUGCAGAAGAAUGUUUUGUACAACAAACUCACGCUCAUUUUAAUCAUUAUCCUGGAAGUUUUUAUCCUUGGUGGAUUAGUCUUCAUAAAGUUCAUCAAAUGAAUCCUGAAAAAAAAUUUUCUGUGAAGUUUUCACAGCCAGGAUGCGCCCAAAUGUAUGCCGAGGAUCUUAUUGUUUUCUUCUUUUUUUUUAGAUAACUUAUCAAUUCCAACGUUAUCAGCAUUGUCUUUUUAUGAAAAUUUCUAUUGUAUUGGAUUUGUUUAAUAUUUCAAUAUAAAUGCGCAUUUUAAGAAAAAUCUGA